CGCGAGGAGCUGCUGGAGGAAUAUGGCAAAUUUAUGCUCUCCACAAUGAAUCAGAGCGUCGAUCCUUGCGAGAAUUUCUAUGAGUAUGCGUGUGGCAACUGGAAGCAAUCGCCACUGCUGCAGCCAGAGCAACGCAACUCGAGCCUCUUGCAGAGCAUACAGAAGGUGAUCGACGAACAGGUGUUGCAAUUUCUCCAGAACACCACAGAGCUGACCAGAAAUCUGACAACUAGUUCCGAAUGGAAAGCUAAAGAAUUUUACGCUAGCUGCAUGCAAAUGAAGUCCAAUUUAUCGCUGGGCUAUCGUAAGUUCAUGGAACUGGAGGAUCGUUAUCAAGGCUCAAACUACACGCAAGACUGGAUUUAUAUUAAUUUCAUGUCCACCUAUGAGAUGUUUCCAUUGCUGCCAAUGAAAGUGAAUUACAAUACAGCAUUGAGAAAAUUUACGCUUUUGCUGCAGGCGCCAACGAAGUCACUCUCGAAAUACUCUCAGGAACAGCUGCAGAAUAUGACGAAGGAUUUUCAUAUUGAGGACGAGGCAGAACGGCGCGAAUUCCUCGAUCAGUUUGCCAAUCUCACCCAAUUCGAGAAAAAUCUUACAGAACUGGUGAAAACUCGCAAUGAAACUGAGAAAUUGACGCUGGCUGAAUUUGUGGUCAAGCAUAAGGAGGAUCGCUUAAAUUGGACUCGUUAUUUCGAGGUGGCCUUCAAUGGCACCCAGCAAACGCAUUGGCUGGUGCAAAACCAAUUGGAAUCCGUCGGAGAUUUGGUGCACUAUCUGGAGCAGCAGAAUGUUUCGUUGCUGCGAUCGUAUGUCAAGCAACGCGUGUUGCUAAAAUUCUACGACAUCUGGAAAACGCAGAGCUCAAGAAACGCGAGCAUCGCCAACUCGUGCCGCAUGAUCACUGAGUCCUAUUACAACUAUGCGCUGUUGCCCUGGUUUAUAGAGCGCGUCUUCGACAAGGAUCGGCGUGCGGAUGUCCUGCACCUAGCGCGACACAUACGUGACACCUUCUACGAGCUGCUGGAGCAAUAUACGUGGCUGGACGAGGAAACACGCUCGCAGGCCAAAACGAAGCUAUCCUCGAUGGAUGUCUUUGUGGGCUACAGCGAUGACCUGCAACAUCGCGAGCUCAUUGACGAGGCUUACAAGGAGCUGAACAUGACACAGGAUUUCUUUGAAAAUGUCGCCCUGCUCGAGCGCAAUAGGGCUAAGGUGCGAAUGCGUUCGGUGGACAAGGCGCUAAUACCCCAGCUGAUGCCCACUCGUACAGUGAACGCCUACUAUGCGGACUUUCUCAAUCAGGCCUUCAUCACGAUCGGCAUGUCCCAGUGGCCGCUCUAUCACAUGCAACUGCCCGACGUACUCAAAUUCGGUGGCAUUGGCAAUAUUGUGGGCCAUGAGAUGGCGCACGGCUUCGACUCGUAUUGCUAUCAGUUCAACUACGAUGGCAAGAAGAUCAAUUGGUGGUCGGCGGGUUCGUUGCGUAACUUUAAGGAGCGCUAUCGCUGCCUGGAGUCGCAGUAUAACAAAUAUCUACUGCUCGGCAUGGCGACCAAUGGCACCUUGACAUCGAGCGAUAAUAUCGCUGAUAAUGUCGGGGCACGCAUGGCCUACUAUGCCUACAAGAGGCACACCGGCAACAAGGCGUGGCUGGAGAAGCCGCUGCGUGGCCUGGACUUCAAUAAUAAGCAGCUCUUCUUCCUGAAGUUCGCUCAGACCUGGUGCACAGGUAGCGACAGCGCUUCCAAGCUGAGCAAACUCAAGUCGGAUGUCCAUGCCAACGAGGAGUUCCGUGUCGUGGGCACCGUGAGCAAUAUGCCCGAGUUUAGCGAGGCUUUCAACUGCAAACUGGGCACCGAUAUGAAUCCGCUCAAGAAAUGUGUCGUUUGGUAA